AAAGGUCUGMAAUGGAUGAAGCUGGUUAUCCAGUUGUGCUCAGUCUCACCAGUAUCCAAGAGAGGAAAGGAGGGGUGGCACAAGUGCCUGGUGACACCAAGCAGACAGGGGGACACGGACCGCAGGCACAUCCAGGUGUGCCCUCAGGUGCAGGCGGGCCUGUGCCGAGGGAGGCGGUGCCGGGGCUGGACCCGCGGGACAUGCCCGGCCCUCAGYGCCCCCCUCCUCACUUUCCUCGAAGAUCCCCGCCGUGCUUGCUCAACCCGGCGGUUCCCGAGCGCUUCCGCCGCGUUCCGGCCCUCGCCUCCGCCGGGCGAGGCGCGCAGUCCCGCCCCUCCCUCCUGGCUCCCAUAUAAGCUCCCUCAGGCCGCUCGGCGCCGCCGUUCCCGCCCCGUGCCCAGGAUGCUGCGCGCCGCCGCCCCUUGCCCAGUGCUGCUGCUCAGCGCGCUGCUCUGGCCCUUGGCUGCUGCCGGCUAUGAAGAUCUACCAACAGCAGUCAAUAUAACGUGGUCUUCAAUCAAUUUUAAAACUAUACUACAGUGGCAACCAAAACCAUCAGGCUACUUCUAUACUGUAGAAAUACACGGAGACAAAUCUGACAUAAAGAGAAAAUGCAUACUGACAUCAGACACAGAGUGUGAUGUUACUGAUGUGCUCAGGAAUGUAGAAGAGAUCUAUACAGCACACAUAUUGUCUGUAGAGCUCGCAGAGGAGGAUAACUUUGAAGAGCCACCUUAUGCAGUCUCUGAAARGUUUACACCUUAUAGUCAGACUAUAAUUGGAAAACCAGAGAUAACGAAUUAUUCACAAAAAGGUUCCAAACUGAAUGUCACGUUCAAAGAUCCACUUACACCGUAUGUAUUUCCUAAUGGAAGUUUUCAAAGUAUUCGAGAUAUUUUCCAGCAUAACCUGGAAUACAAACUCUAUUACUGGAAAGAUCAAAGUUCUGGAAAGAAACAUGUAACAACAAAAAGCCAUGAAUUUGAAGUAAGCGUUGACAGUGACAAGAACUAUUGCUUCUAUGUGCAGGGAAUCAUUCCUUCCCGCAGAGAAAACCGUAAUGGUCAAGAAAGCACAGUGUUCUGUACCAAUGUAGGAAGGAGUAUUUUAGAUGAAUACGGAACAGAAGUGUUUAUCAUCAUAGCAGUGAUAGCAGUCGUAGUCAUCACUCUUGCCAUCGUCCUACCAGUGGUUCUGUGUAAACGCAAGAAAGCAAAGAAAGCAAGAGUUGUGAGAGAAAAGGAGCUGCUUAAUGGUGUCUAAGAAAAAGGUAUUGCAGACAUUAGUGGCAGUACCAAAGCAGAAAAAAACCCAACAACAAGAAAACAUAAAUUGGGUAAUUGUGUGGAGCCUUUUAGGCUCUCUGARAGAGGAAUUUUGAAGCCCAAACUUUUUGUGGAUUAAAAAAUCCAUUAGGACAGUACAGAAGAAAAAUCCAGAUAUCAGGAAGCCCUGUGUCAUUAAUGGCCAGAGGCUGGAAGAGCAUUCUGGUAAUCCGUUACAACCAUAGAAUCACARAAUAUGCUGAGUUGGAAGGAAGCCACAAGGAUCAUCAAGUUCAGCUCCUGACCCUGCACAGAACCAUCACACCAUGUGCCUGAGAGCAUUGUCCAAACACUAAUUGAACUCUGUCAGGGUUGGAGCUGUGACCACUUCCCUGCAGAGCCUGUUCCAGUGCCCAACCACCCUCUGGGUGAAAAACCUUUUCCUGAUGCCCAACCGAAACCUCCCCUGACUCAUCUUAGUGCUGCUUUUCUGUGUCCUGCCACUGGUCACAAGAGUGAAGAGAUUGGUACCUGCCCCUCUGCUUCCUUUGGUGAGGAUGYUGAAGACCAYAGUGAGGUCUCCCCUCAGUCUCYUCCUUUCCAGGCUGAACAGACCAAGURACCUCAGCCACUCCUCAGACUGCUUCCCUUCCAGAYCUUUCACCAUCCUCAUUGUCCUCCUUUGGACACUCUCACAGCUCAAUGUCUUUUUUAUAUUGUGGCACCCAAAACUGYCCCCAGGACUCGAGGUGAGGCUGCCCCAGUGCAGAGCAGAGYRGGACAA